ACACAAACAUAUUUCAUUUGCUGCAUGAAUAUAAAACAGAAUAGACGUAUUUAAAUAAAGUUAAUGACAAUAGUUUUAAACAGUUCAUUAUUAUCAUGGCACCUACUUUAUACAUGCUUCCUGCAAGUCCUCCAUGCAGAGCUGUAGUCAUGACAGCUAAAGCCCUUGGAGUAGAAUUCAUAGAAAAAGGUAUUUAUUUUUUUCGAGACGAUAAUGUGAAAACGGAAUUUUGCAAAAUAAACCCACAACAUACUAUUCCAACCUUUGUUGAUGAGGACGGAUUUGUAUUUUGGGAUAGCCAUGCAAUUAUGGCUUAUAUGGUAGCAAAAUAUGCGAAAAACGACUCUCUUUACCCAGAAGAUGUUAAGAAACGAGCGAUAGUUAAUCAACGAUUAUUUUUCGAAUCUAGUGUUAUAUUCUUUCAUAUGAAAAAUAUUGCUUGUUCAAUUCUUUUGGACGGUAAAAAUUUCAUAGACUCAAACGAAAAGCAAGCUUUACUUGAAAGUUUUGAUGUUUUGGAAAAAUUUAUAGAAGACAGUGAAUGGAUGGCGGGUAAUUCACUUACCAUUGCUGAUUACAGCCUAGUUUCAUCUAUCGCUAGCGUUAAUAAUGUGAUACCAAUUGAUCCAGAGAAAUAUCCAAAGUUAAUUGCUUGGUUUCAAAGAUGUAAAAGCCUUCCUGAGUAUGAAGUCACCCGUAAAGGCCAAGAAGAAGGUGCUAAAAUGCUCAACGCUAGAUUAAAUAUGUCAUUCCUAAAGAAAUAUCAUUAGAGUUAUUGAUAAUGAUAUCAAAUAAAUUUAUUAAAUAUCAUUCGCAAGUUUUCUGCUAC